AUGGCUGAUACCCGAGAUUUUGCCUCUGAGGCAGCAGAAAACGAGGCCUCUGGCGAGACUUCCCCGACUCUGAACCGCCAGACCUCCAGUCCCUCCGUUCUCCCUCCUCGCGACUCAGGAGGCCUAUCGGCCUCCUCCACACACCUGGGCCAGAUCAAUGCUGCGCGGCGGGGUGCCGGAGCCUCACCGCACCCCCAGCCAGCGAUGAGCUCCAAAGCGACCGGAGGAUUGAACCAGGACAUCAUGGCCAAAAUGAAAGCAUUUUCGCUGUCCCGACAAGGAGCACCGGUCCCGCAUGCUGCGUCAACCUCGCAGGUCCCCACCGCGCAAGGGAACGGUGCGGGCGGCGCCCUCGCUGGCCGUCUGCCCCCGACCGCGCGCCCGACCCCCCAGCCCUGGUCGUCCUCCCCCCCCGUUCCCUCCGCUUCCCCGGGACCUGUGUCCCCGAGACCAGGAGGACUUGCGGCGAAGCGCAUGAAGCCCGGUCUCAAACUGUCGGAUGUCACGGGCCCGCCCACCCCCGCAGCUGGAACCGAUGAAAAACCGGAAGAGAAGAAGGCGGAGUCUGCUUUCAGCAAGUACUCUGAGUUCAUCAACACGCAAGAGGGCACUCUCAACUUCAAGAACAAGGCUAUUCUCCACGGCGGUGGUGUCGAGUUCUCCUCAGGCCACAGCUUUAAGAUCUCCUUGGAUGAAGUUGAUCGCCUGGAGGAGUUGGGCAAAGGUAAUUAUGGAACCGUCUACAAGGUUCGACACAGUCGCCCGCAUCUCCGCAAACCAGGACAGGGCUUGGGAGGCAUCGUCAGCCGGACUGCUGAAGACGGCAGUCCGGAUGCUGGAGCGAGCCAGCUCUCUGGAGUGGUCAUGGCCAUGAAGGAGAUCCGCUUGGAGUUGGACGAAGCCAAAUUUGCACAAAUCAUCAUGGAGCUAGACAUCCUGCACCGCUGUCUCUCUCCCUUCAUCAUUGAUUUCUACGGCGCAUUCUUCCAGGAAGGUGCGGUCUACAUGUGUGUCGAGUUUAUGGAUGGUGGGUCCAUUGACAAGAUAUACGAGGGCGGCGUCUCUGAGAAUAUUCUGCGAAAGGUUACUCUUUCUACCAUCAUGGGUUUGAAGUCACUGAAAGACGAUCACAACAUCAUCCACCGCGAUGUGAAGCCCACCAAUAUUCUCGUGAACAGCAAGGGCCAGAUCAAAAUCUGCGACUUUGGUGUCAGUGGAAAUCUCGUUUCCAGUAUCGCAAAGACCAACAUUGGUUGUCAGAGCUACAUGGCACCCGAAAGAAUUGCGGGAGGCGGUAUGCAGCAGUCCGGAGCGCCUAGCGCUGGCACAUACAGUGUCCAAAGUGAUAUCUGGAGUCUGGGGCUGUCGGUGAUUGAAUGCGCCAUGGGCCGAUACCCCUACCCUCCAGAAACAUUUAACAACAUUUUCAGUCAGCUACACGCUAUCGUUCAUGGAGACCCUCCAACAUUGCCCGACGAAGGCUACUCGGAAGAAGCGCAUGCAUUCGUUCGGGCCUGUCUCGACAAAAACCCGAAAAACCGACCCUCGUACGAUAUGCUCCUUCGACACCCUUGGCUCGCACCCCUCAUGCAGCCACCGACCGAGUCAGGUGAAGACGCCCCGCCUGAGGAUUCCGACUCCGGUGAUGCCGCCUCAUCCGCCAUAACCGAAGAUAAAGAAGUGGCCGAGUGGGUGACACAGCAACUCAAGCUCAAGGCAGACGGUACACUGCAAGUCUCUGAGAAGCCGGCUCUUCAUGCCGUCGCGCUGGAUCAGGUCGGCAAAAACCCCUCUGAGCCUAGCGCUGAAGCUACCCCCCAAGAUGACUGA